AACAAUUUUUGUUUGCGGCAAAUAUAGUUAAAAUUAGACUCACUUAGUAGCUAUUCCUUUAAAAUUUAUGAAGGCUAUAAACACUUUGAAAGCAAAAUGACAAAUUAGCGGCAAAACGCCGAUUUUUUUUUCAAAUAUAGGCGAACUAUUAGAAAAACAGUUGUUUUGCACAUUAAAACGGGUAUUGCACCGGAAUCGAAUAAAACUCCUGGCACCUGCGAUCUUUAUUAAGGCAUAAGUAAUCAGAACUUUGACAGAUUCGAAAAGCGCUUAGUGUUUAACUUAGGGCAAAGAAUUUUGCGAUAUAUUUUCAAACUCACUGAAUAAUCCCAAAUUUGAACUAAACGCAGAUCUGAUACUUCCAAGAAAGUCCAGGUAAAAAGCUUCAACGUUGAGUUUAUUUAGCGCGAUCUCCAAAAGUUUAAUAGUGCCAAUUCGCGUUAAACUGUUUUGCCCCGAAUAUUCUCACGCGAUUUUCCACAGGCGCGGAAACGUACCGUGAAAUUAUGCGAGCAUGUUUUAGUUGUCCUUCAAACGCCUAACAAAGGACGAAUUUGUGUUAGCUUAUUUGAACAAGGGCGUCUAUUUACUUUCAAAACUUCAUUCUGAAAAUCAAUUAUCUGGUUGAAUUUUACACACUGAAGAAAACUAUCUACAAAUUGGCUCGAAAAUUAAAAGCUUCCUCAACUUAGAUUCAAUAUUGUAAUUAUUAAACAUAAAAGGCUUAUUGAACUCUCAAUCGUCAAUUUUUAUUAUCUCAGGUUAAUUAUUUAUUAAGCAAAAUAGCGCAUGUUAUAAGCGGUUAUAAAUUUUGCUUUUUUAGCAGUUUACGCUGCGAAUGACUUAACAAAAAGAGAGAGAGAAAAAAACUUGUAAUCUCCUUCUUCGGGGGGAAAUGUUAUCUUCUAAUGGAUUUGUCGCAUUCUAAUGUAAUUCUGUCGUUCUAAUUUUUCCCAAUAUUCUGCCUUCAAAAAUUGUACCUCUAUUUUUAAUAUCAUAUCCCAUUAUCACGCCAUUAUCAUGUCAUUGCAAGCGACAAUCGUACCAUUAUGCCAUAUUACCCGCGCAAUUUAUCCGAUAGCCGUUGGAUCAAAUUUAGUUCUGUGGUAAGUUUGACGGGCAAGCGGAAGCUAUUAUUCACCUCCCCCAUCCCAAGCUAUAAUUUAAUAUCCACCAUCGCCGUUUUUGUAAAUGACAAAUCUACGUCAAUUCGCCUCAAAUAAUGCCUCCAAUAUAUUUCGUUUUCCCAUAUUUUUUAUUUUUCCGCUCUUACCGUUAUUGCUUUCUUCUAUCAGAUGAGAGCUUUGUUCAUCGUGUAGUACAGACUUGACUAAGACCUUGAGGUGAAAUGCAUUGAUUAAUUUCACGUUUGUCUCUAAGCCCAGUCCUUCCAUUAACUCAAGCCCCGUUGGUUAUGAAUUAGCCCAAUAUUUCUGCAUUCCUUUAGCUUCAUAGUUGACCCGUUACCUGCCUUCUUUUUUCGUCGUCUGAAAUGCCCUUUGAGCCUAUCACACGUGAAAACUUUUCCACACCUUUGGGAAUAUUUGGCAAAAGUCAACAAGGCUAAUUCUGAAUAUUUUCAACAUGUAUUGCUUUUGUUUCAUGAAAGUGAGCAUACAGCAAUCUCUUCAAUUUCCAGGCGACCUCGAGAAACACUGAAAAUAAGAGAAAAACAAUAUAAGGCAUUAAGCCUCAAAAAUAAAUCAGCUAACCUUUUGUUAUAACCUGCUUAAUCAAUACUUAUAACCAGGACACCUUGGCCCACUCAUAAUCUAUUGUGUGGUGAAGUGCUAUGGUGAUUUUAUCAGCCGAAUAACCUGCGACCAAUUGCGCUUCUGAGGUCCAUAUUGCAGAUGAAAAAAUUCUCGCUUACCACAUUUUCUUAGAAAAUUCAACCUUAUCAGUAUUUACAAACAUGAGAUACCAAUUACCAUAUUUUGCAAAGUUAUAUCCAAGACGUUGAAUUAAAAUCUGUUUUCGAAAUAUUUCCAUGAUCUAAAUCAGUUAUAUGUUGUUAUAAAAUAGAAGUUUUUUCAUCGUUUUGCGUUUUAUUUGAAAAGUUUGUGAUUUAUUGGUACACAUUUUAUUUGUCAAAUUUUUGCCCAUGAUAUCUCAAAAGCGAUUGAUAUAUGCGUCAAUUUGCGGCUAACGCGUACGGAGACGAUGACUUUCUAAAGUAUCCAGACAUUUCCAGGAAAAGUCAGCCGUCACAUAAUGAAAAAAAUCAUGGCUACGCCUCCAAACCGACCACAAACUGCGGAAUAAGUUUGAGGAAACUUUUCAGAAAAGUCAUUUAUUUUUGCCUUAUUUUUGAUCUGUCGAGAGAAGAAAAAGAAGAAAAAGUGGAAAAAGAUUUCACACCUACUGAUGAGAUGAGGAGAAAAAGCAACAUAACUUCCUCUUCCCGAAAGUCCACUGAGCCUCCCAAGGAAGUUCUGGUCCAGAUCAAAUUCCACAAAGUCGGCACCAUUGACACCAAAAUGCAACUGUUCCACGCCACAAUCGAGGUCAUUACGAGCUGGUCUAUCGAGUCGGACGACAAAAUUGGUCCCUUGAUGGAACUGGUCGGCUCACACGAGAAGGAAAAAGAUCUCGGAUUUGCAUUG